UGUUGAAAAGAACAAAAAAAAAUUCUGAAACAAUAGAAUAAAUAAAUCAAAAAUCUUGUAUAAAGCGACAUAAAAAAAAAUAACAACAACAAUUAAUGGCUCCAAAGAACUGAAAGACCUCUCAAGCAAUAUAGCAAACAAACUGCAGGGAGAAAUUAUAUAGGCAUUUAUUUUAUGAAACAAUUAUAAUUAUUCGGUAUUACUUUCCGUGAUUUCAAAACUACAUUUUUUUACGGUCGUUGUUUGUGCAGCAGUUUGUUUUUCUCUCUUUUUCUGCCUCGCAUAUAUUCGAUUCAAGUUUUUUACAUUAUUGGUUGCUCCACAUUUAUACAUAGUACAAGAACUAUUGUUGAUUGAACGGGUGAAUAAAGUUUACACCAAUUUGUGUAUCAGCACGAACAAAACUGUGACCGUCGAAAAAAUCAACACUCAGCAUUAUUUUGUGGCGACGCUACGCCACAUCACGUGAUUGGCAAACUAUAGCCAUUGAAAGCAAUUGUGUUUUAUAGAUGUGUUUGUGUGUUUUUGUUUAAACAACCAAAAGACACGAGUGCAUCGCGAAUAAUGCAGACUCUCUCUCUUUUUUUAAAUGAAAAAUGCAUCAUUUAUUGGUGACCUGCGAAGGGAGCAUUUAGAUUGAGCCGACAAAAUUUGUGAAAUGGCGUGCUUUUGUACAAUCGCGCGUAUUGAUUUGGAGUCGAAAAACAUUGAUUGAACGAGAACGAAAAUGUGUCUGAGUUUUAUUUUAGAUUUUAACCAAUCUAAGAAUCUAAACCGAAAUUCAAUUUAAAAUUGAGCACGGACAUUCACAGAGUGCACGAUUUUAAAAACAAUUUGUGGUACGAGUGUGUAAGCAAGCUAGUACAAUUUGAUCCAAGUGAUAAAUGCAACAACAAGUGACGUGCUGCAUUUUUCGGAGUCACGCCAGUCCAAAGUAAAUUGACUUUGUUGGGUUGGAUGACGGUGCGGGAUCAAAUUGAAUACAGAAAAACAAGUAAUAAGCCCAACCAAAGCAUUUCGAUACUCCGAAUAAAACGGCACAAAUUUUUACAUACAUACCAACAAACACAUAAACGGCAACCGCAGCAAUGACUGGUUCGGAACGAACGACUAUCAGCGCUUCCAUGUCACAUGGCAUGUCGGGAGCGCCAAGCUUAGUGAACAGUUUAAAUAGUUACUCCAGCAAUACGAAAUUGAAUGGUAGCCAAGGAAUUAAGUCACCAGAACCCGAACCAAAUUUUAUAGAUAAUUUCUUAGAGAAAGCCAAAUUUUACACAUCAUUGUGCCUAGGAACAUCAGCCAUACUCUCUGUAUUUGCAUUUUUAUUUCUCAUUCCGAUAUUUAUAGAACCAAGUAUAUCGACAAUAAUCGCAGAUUAUGAUCAGAUACCAGUCACUUGUAUGGUCGUUGAUCACAAGUUUUCGACCGGAAUGCGAAAUUGUACUUGGUCCUCAUGUCGUGAAGGCUGCACAACAGCUACAAUUCGAUGUCACAAACUGUUGGUGAAUUAUAGCAAAAUACCGUUUUAUGAAUGGCAAAAGAAUCCACCACCGGAUUUGGAGAAAUUUGAAUGGGAUGUAUCUGAAACUAGAUUGCUUAUCAAUUCGGAAGGUUGUGGGUAUCCUCCUGGCGUAAAUUGCACAGAAUUCGCAAAGAAGUAUGGGUAUCAGCAUGUUGGCGAGCAAUUUCCUUGUUAUUAUUCACGCGCGUAUCCUGAGAUAGUGAUUACACGCUAUUCGUGGGAAGACAAUUUAAAGUAUCUCAUACUCUCGCUCAUAAUACCGAAUGUUAUAUUUGCAUUAAGUAUCGGCGUAUUGAGCUAUUGGUAUUGUCCAUGUUGUGAUAAAGCAUGCCGAAAGACAACUCGCGUCUACACCGAAAAGUAUCCAAAUAAAGAAGAUCCGAUUUCAGCGUGGAAUUUCUCGAAUGAAUAUUUGCAUCAACACCGUGAGCGUGUCAUCAAUGACCAUCACCCAAGUUUCAAUCAUCACGAACAACAACGACAACAACAUCAACAACCAAUUUCCUUUCGAUCGAAUCGAUGGCAACUUUCCAGAGCCGCUCAAUACCAGCUGAAAGAUUAAACGAAUGAGCAAUUGGGUGCGCGUACGACCAUAUCAACGGACUUGUGUCAACAAGUGUAUUUCUCAUUAGGAAAAUGACAAAAAGUGAUAGCGAAAGUAGAUUAGAGUAAAAAGAAAUGAGAAGAAAAUGCCCACAGAAUUAACUCCCCGUGAAACAGCCAUUUUUGAAUACAUUUUUUUUAUUUCGAUUUUGAUUAGAGAAUUGCGGAAAAAAGCUAUUUGGCAAUUUUGAAUCAAAUACUUGAUUGUAAUGUAUCAUACACCAUUUCUUUUUGAAGGAAAGUUUAUUUUUGAUUUCAAUUUACUAGUUAAUUACAUUAGAGUAGACGUUUCUUUGCCUCCGCAUGUGAAACAAUUGGUGGCUCUCGCUCACACAAGAGAUAAACCCCACAAAUUAUUUUAGGAUUCCUAUUAAAAAAUGAAUUUGUUAGGUUUCCUUAUAAAAUCGCAAUAUUUUAACAGGAAUCCUGAUAAAUUGGCGCGCUUAAACGUCAAAGCCAACUUCACUGUGUUGAAACAAAACAUGUUUUAUUAUUUAAAGGUUUCCUAAUAAAAUGUUGCCAUAUUAUAAGGAAACCUUACAAAUUAAUAUUUUAAUAGGAAUCCUAAAAUGAUUUGUCAGGUUUAUUUUUUGUGUGCUAUUUACACCUCUGUUACGCUCUUUCCACUUUUUAAAUUAGCAAAUUUAAUGUUUAACAUUUUAUCAACACUUUUUUGAACCACUAAUUUGUCCAUAUGAUAUCGAAGAGUUUCCCCCAGCCAGGACUAUGCACUCCAAUUUUCGAUAUAUAUUUUUUACAUUUUCCCAGCUCCUCUUGUUUACUUCCGGACACAAAAAAAAAAAACAAUAACAAACCCCUCCAAAUGAUAUGGCUUCAAUACUAUUUCUAUGUAAACCAUUCUUUUCC